AUGAGAGCCUCCAAAUGGGACAUAAUUCAGCCAGAAUAUCCUCUGAGAAGUGUCAGAAAGACAGACCUGCUAAUGGUGGAACUAUCAUCAUUUGUGAUACAAAGAAAUGUCUACCGAAAGAAGAUCGCAUAGCAUCUGAUGGUAGGUAUAGGCUUGCGUCUCAAAUGGCACCCUAUUCUCUAUAUACAGUAGGUCCCAAUGGGCCCUGGUAAAAAAAAAAGUAGUGCACUAUAUGGAAUAGGGUGCCAUACGGGACGUACACGCAGACCAGAGAGGGACCUUAUGCAGAACGUGUGUGCUAUUAUGACAUAUCCUGUCUGUCGCCGUUUUUUGGAAGACUCUUGUUUCCUGUCUAUAUGGAAUGUCACCUUCAAAACAAAUAUCAUUUUAAGACGAGCUGGAAUUAUAUGAGUUCUCUCUAAAUACUUUAAUGCUAAUGCUGAUAAGUUUAUAAGCUCAUAUGAUAUUGGUUCCCCAUUGGUGGUCAGUUGCAAUUUAGGCCUUCGAGGGAACAAAUAGCUAAUAACACAAUGGUACUGCCAUCCCUGGCUCACUGGUUCAUGAUAGCUCUCCCUUUGUACUUGGCUCAAAGAAAAACAGGGAAUGUAUGAUUCAGCAUCAGCCAAGAUACGACAUCCAAGAUACUUUCGGUCCAAGAUACAGUCUCACUGUGAUACUAAUCCAUGUUGAUUCAUGAGCAAUAUGAAAGUUAUUCUUGUUGAAUCAUAACGGAAAUAAAUAAAAACGUCCCCUUUUCUUUCUUUCUUUCUUUCUUUCUUUCUUUCUUUCUUCAGAACAAACUAAUUGCACCAUGAAAUGGCCUCAUUAUUAUGUGGGGAUUGGAAAGACCUGUCUCAGACCAUGAAAAAAAGAAAAGUUUAAAAGCAAAGAAUUUUUCUUCUCCUCUUCUUUCACUGAACUUUCCCUCUGUCACUCCCACUCUCCUAUUACAUCUGGUAGGGAUCUGUGAUCUGGAGUGACUGUGGCUCCUCUCUAUCCUGCUAUGUGAUUGUCUCUGGUUCGACUGGACACCAGACUACCUUUGUCACUGCUAACCUCCCUCCGUCAGAGAAGUCGUGGCGUCUGGUACGUGUGUCAGGAUCACAUGUACCCAUCUGAUCAUUGGUGCUUCUGGGCAGCUGAGGUAUCUGAGGUAGCUUGACCACCAGGCACGACCAGCAGACAUGGCCAGCCCCAGGAGGUCUCUCUUUCAGGGCCUGAGUGUGCUGCUCCUGACCUGGGCUCUGGUACACUGCCAGCCCCCUCUGGAGCCCCAGAAUGAAGAGGAGAAGGAGGAAGAACCCAUGGAGGAGACAGAGCCAGAGAUAGAGACCUUUACAGUCCCGGCUGUAGUGAAGGCCGAGCGGGGUGUAUGUCCAGGGGAAUGUACCUGUACCGAGGGAACGGUAGACUGUGCUGGGGUUGACCUCAUGGAAUUUCCUAGUGAGCUGCCUGAGAGCACACGCAUUCUCUCCCUACAGAACAACCAGAUAGAGGUAGUAACCAUUGAGGACCUGACACGUCUGCAGCAGCUGGAAACACUAAACCUGCAAAACAACUGUCUGACCACACAAGGCCUUGAAGAUGAAGGAUUUACAGUGCUGGAACAACUGAGUUACUUGUACUUGGCCAAUAACAAGCUCACCACAGCACCCAAACACUUGCCUCCCUCACUGGUCAGUGCUGAUUUCGCCGCUAAUUUGCUCACGAAGAUCUACCCGUACACAUUUGGGCAGAAGCCAGGAUUGAAGUCAGUGUAUCUCCAUGACAACAAGCUGACAGACGCAGGGCUACCUGAGAACAUGUUGAAUGGUUCUGACAGCCUGGAGGUUCUCAUCUUGUCCAGUAACUUCCUCCGCUACGUCCCUGGGAGCCUGCCCUCUUCCAUCUACCGCCUCCAUCUGAAGAGUAACAAGCUGGAGAAGAUCCCGUCAGGGGUUUUUGAUAGCCUGACCCAGCUCAGAGAGCUCUACCUACAGAACAACUUGCUCAGCAACGAAGGCAUGGACAACGAGACCUUCAGCCAGUUGACCAGUCUGGAGUAUCUGGACCUGUCCAACAACAACCUGAGUGUGGUUCCUCAGGGUCUGCCUCGGAGUCUGAUAUUGCUACACCUGGAGAGGAACAGUAUCCACAGUAUCCCUGGCGAUGCUCUCACAGCCUGUCGUAACCUUGAGUACCUACUGCUGCACAACAACCAGCUCCACUCCCGCUCCAUACACCAUGCUGCAUUCCAGGGCCUGAAGAAGCUACACACCCUCCACAUGUACAACAACCAGCUGGAGCGUGUCCCCAGGGCUCUGCCCCGCCGAGCCAAGACUCUCAUGCUGCUUCACAACACUAUCAACGUGAUUGAACGCAACGACUUGGUCUUUCUCUAUUCCCUGACCGAGCUCAACCUCAGUUACAACCGCCUCACCAGCCCCAAGCUACACAGAGAAGCCUUCAGGAAGCUGCGUCUGCUGGUGACCUUGGACCUGUCAGGGAAUGCCCUCCACUUCCUGCCCUUGGGCCUGCCCCGCUCCCUGCAGGUCCUCCGGGUGAAGGACAACCAGCUGAACUCCAUACCAGAAGGGGCGCUGCAGGGCAUGACCAAGCUCAGGGACAUCAAUCUCAGCCACAACCAGCUUAGACUCAACUCCAUCUACCAGGGAGCAUGGAUGGAGCUCAGCGCUCUGACGACUUUGGACCUGUCCAGUAACCAGCUGUCCCAUGUUCCGUCUGACCUGCCUGAGUCUCUGGAGUACCUGUACCUGCAGUCAAACCACAUCAGCACUGUCCCCGCCAGCGCCUUUGAGGGCACUCCAAACAUCAAGGGCAUCUUCCUACGGUUCAACCAUCUGUUAGCCCACUCUGUGAAGGAGAGCUCCUUCAAACACCUGACCAAUCUGCAGGUGCUGGACAUUGGCCACUCGAGCCACUCCAACCCCUCCGGAGCAUCCUUCAGACAAGAGGAAGAGGAGGAGGCAGAGAUGGAGAUGAUGGAAGAGAAAGUGGGAGAAGGAUUCGCUUCAUAGGUUUAUCCCAUGGACACACACAGCUUGAAUGAUCGAAAACCAAAUGUUGCAGUUGUUUAGGCUGCAAUCCCAAAGUCCUGUUCUUUUGAAAGUACAGAAAACAGUAUUUUUGCAAGUGGUCAGGCUCAAUUCUGAAAUGUAGAUUGAACUAUGAAUGGAAGCGCAAAGUGAUAUUUUUCCCCAUAUAGUGGUGAAUUGACGAUGCACAUAUCUCUGGUGCAGGAUACCAGAUCAAAUUAUAUUUUUGUUUGUUCUAUUAUUAUUCUGGGCUUUGCUUGUCUAUGCAAUGACAGAUACAGUUGCAUUUCUGUGCUUGAGUCUGCAUGCCAAAUGGCACCCUAUUGAGUGCACUGCUUUUGACCAGGGCCCAUAGGAUUCUAGUUGAAUGUAAUGCCCUAUAUAGGGAAUAGUGUGCCAUUUGGGACAGAUCCUUUGUCUCAACACCACUUUAGUGGAAGCAGAAAAGAGAAGACAGUCAGAUCUGUCAUAUGUUGAUCAUACUGUGUGGGUCCCAUCUCUGAACUUUACUGUGUGCUAGCUGUGUCACCUUACAAAGAAGAUUAUGUCAAGGUUUGAAGUUUUUGAGCCUGUAUUUAUAAUGUAAAGCAUCUCAGACUAGGAGUUCUGAUUGAGGAUUAGGUCCCUCUCUCAUUCAUUAUGGUCUAAAAGGCUAAACUGAUCCUAGAUCAGUAUCCCUACUCUGAGAUCUUUUGUGAAUAUUGGCCCUGGUUGUGAUUGCGUGAUGUAGUCUGGUAAGACAGUCUGGCUCUAUGUAAUUUUGUCAUUCUUAUAUCAUCGUUACUAUGCCACAAGUUCUGUGACCGUGUUACAAUCUCCUCGCUCUUCGACUACCAUGAGCUUGAUCCAUGCUGUUAAUGUAAUGCCUUACUUUAAUCCAGUCUUGUUUUGUAAGACGGCAAGUAUUUGCAUAUGGUAUGUGAAAAACUCGUGCUAUUAAAUUAGUCACCUUGCUAUGAACCGAUGUAUUCACCUUCAGAUGUAUACAUAUGGAUUUCACACAGCAAUAAAUAUCGUGCAUUAACAGGUUUCUGAGCACACAACAAUAUUAAGCGUGAAAUGUAUAU